AUGGCGUUACAAUUAUGUUACUUGAAAUUUUUAGAGCGUCGUUAUCGCUGGUCAAUUCCUAGACGCGUCAAGUAUGAGCAUCCGAAAUUCAGAUUAAAAAUUUGCGAUUAUAUGUUCAAAGAUGAGGACGUCAAGUUAUCGUUGGAAAGAAUAUCUGACUUGUAUGGCUCUGAAAUGCAAACUUGCAAAAUGGAAUCUGCCGAAGAAUUUCCUGAUGAGCAAUUAAUAAAAAUACCAACUAAGCAAAGCGUUCAACCAGAUGCUACCAACCCACCUCAGAAAUCUGCAGAUAACAGCGAAAGAGCUUCAUCAAUGCAACUCAUAGUUGCGAUACUGAUUGGCAUAAUUGCUAUAAUUAUUUUUGCAUGGUUUGGAUAUAAUUUGAAGUGA